CCCGAAUCCACUUUUAACUGUUGUAGAUUCAGUACCUGGAUCAAGCUACGUUUAAUCCAUGUUGGACUGUGGCCAACCGACAAACUUUUCUUUUACAUUCCCUCAGUAUGAAGAAAAGCUGCUGACAGACGACACGGACGUUCGCAUGACACUCUGGUGUCCCAUUGCAGAUCUACUCGCCAUAGCUCACAAAGGCGGCUCUUUGUCCAUUUGCCGAAACGGUGUUCACACAGUCUGGAGUUGGCUCGGAGAAGCUGAUGUCAUGUCCAUGGCAUGGCGACCAGACGGAAAGGAGCUGGCGGUCGGUUUUGAGUCUGGUUUGGUUCGGGUUUUCAACAUGGCUCUACCUUACCCGAGUUCAACUAUCGUUUGGCGCUCCAUUUCGCAAGGUAUUUCUAUCACCAGCCUCAAUUGGAAUGACUAUGACUCGGUGGCCUCCAAAGAGAAACUGCCCUUCGGCAUCGACCCUUUGGUUCUCUCACCCAACCUUGUAUUGCCAGAGAUCAGCUCGCUCAUUACCGCUCCGUCAGAGCUUGGAAUUGACGCAAGAAACGUCAGUGAAGGCGAAUUGGAUAGUGAACUUCCAGAUGAGACCCAUCAAAUUGAUAUACUGACGAUAUGUGAUAGUGAGGGUAAUAUACACUUUUGCGCUUCGGGCCGAUACUUUGCUAGCACUAUCCCACUACUUGCUCAUGGUCUACAGGAUGCAGUCGUGUUGCAAUCCGUCGUGUCGUCUGAUUUACAAAGCAUGUCCUUAAUGGCAAAGGCGCGAAUAGAAGGCACAACUACGGAAACGAUAGCAGAACAAGACGCUGAAACUCUUUGUUGGGUUAUUAUAGACACCAGUAUUUUGAACCAACGAGCCAGUCAACUAGCCAACAUUGCCAAAAAGAGCUUCCAUAUACGAGCAUGCUUAAAGUACAUUUCAAUAUGCAAUGAUGCUUUGGCCAAACAAUAUCGAGGAAUAGCAGGUCUAUCUUCGUCCAAUCUGAAGAAGUUUGAGCAGGUUUUGUUGGAUCAUGAAGAAUCCAAUGCAACCCCUAUUGUGGAAUUUCUGGGAUUGCUUGCCACUGGUAUGACCAGUCAACCAUUACACUAUUACUUGGAGCAGGUUCUCACGGAACAGCAAAUCAGGAAGUGGGAGAAGGAAGCGAAUGCUGGUUUUCAGUCAAUGCUGCGCAUUAUCUGUGAAUAUAUCCAGCCAGCUUGCGAUCGACUACUUUGCUUACUCAAUGAUCUGAACGCCUAUAGCCGUUGGAGAGAAAAUUACGACGACUUGGUGAGCGAAGGUCUGACAUGUACGGCGAUAUCUUUGGUCGGCGCAUUCCAUGGUAGAUAUCAAGAGUUAAUUGUGGCAUUGAAAAAGACAUCUGAGAGUUUUCAAGAGUUCAUCGCUUGGGCACGCUAUAUGGUGCAACAUGUAGUGGAUCCUGGCUCAACUGGUAGAAGUGCCUGCUCGCGUCCGUUGCUGAUUGUCGACUUUUUGGAGAAUUCGUUGAUAUCCGAUCGAAUUUCCAACUUCUUUGUCAUGAACGAGUCAGCUUCGUUUGAACCUUUCUUGCCGUCCGUUAAUUUUGGUGAUCAGCCUUUCCUACCACCUGCAUACCCUUUCCGCUUCAAGCUGCCGUUGUCGCUACCAUCUGACAUUCACCGUCCAAGCCUGUUUGAAUUCUUGGAUAAACUCAAUCAAACCAUCGAGGAAAUCUUCGCUACACCUGCCCAAAGUCUACAGCGUCACUUAAAAGUCGUUAAAUGUUUCCCUCUCUGUCCGUAUGAAGGAAUUGAGCAUCAAGGGAAGACACCAUUGUAUGGAUCCAUCAACCGAAACACCACAGUCAGGAUCAUUACAGAGGUACAGAAUUAGCGCAUGGCAUGAGUUGCUUGUAUAGCUGUUGAUAGUGUGAUUAACUGGAUGUUACUACAGGGUGCUA